AUGGGGUUUCUUGAUAUCUCCACCAUUCGCAUUUCAAAACCAGUACUAGUUUUGUUGCUGUUUCAUCAUGUGGUUAUUGCUAACUCUUCCUACUCUUCCUACUCUUCGCAGAAGCAGUAUCCAUCUUGCCCUGAUGAGGAGAAGUCCGCCCUGCUGCAAUUCAGAGACAGCUUUACUAUUGACAAAUCUGCUUCUAGAUCUCCCGAUGCUUAUCCAAAGGUUUCAUCAUGGAAACCAGCUGAAGGAGGAAAUAGCACCUGCUCAUGGGAAGGUGUCAAGUGUGACGAGAAGACGGGUCAUGUGAUUGGCCUAGAUCUUGGUAGCAGCUGUCUCCACGGCUCUAUCAACAGCAACAGCAGCCUCUUCCGCCUUGUUCAUCUUCAAAGGUUAAACCUCUCUGACAAUAACUUCAAUUACUCUCAAAUUCCUACUAGCAUUAGGAAUUUUCCAAGCCUUACUCAUCUUGACCUCUCUACCUCUGUCUUUUCUGGUCAAGUCCCUUCUGAACUUUCACUGUUAUCCAAGUUGACAUACCUUGAUCUAUCUCUCAAUCUCGAUAGAUUGUCAGAAGAUAAGGAUCAUCAGUCGUCAGAAGAGAGGAAUUAUCCCUUGUUGAAACUUGAAGCAUCAGAUCUUGGAAGCCUAGUUCAAAACUUAACCAGUCUCGAAGUACUUUCUCUCAGUUUUGUAAAUGUAUCUUCGGCAAUUCCUCAUUCCAUGGCUAAUUUAUCAUCUUUGACAACCCUCUACCUCAGGGACUGUCACCUGCAGCUCACUUAUCUAGACAUUUCAGCCAAUAAAUUUGGAGGUCUAAUUCCGGAUUCCUUGGCAAACCUUACCCAACUGGCUACUUUUAGGAUUAGUACAAGUCGAUUAACCGGUCCAAUCCCAUCUUGGCUAGGCAACUUUAGCAAACUAGAGUACCUAGAUUUUGCUUUUAAUAGAUUAAAUGGUUCAGUUCCUGCGUCAUUUUCAAAUCUCACAAACCUUCAGAUCCUGUAUCUACAUUCGAAUACUCUGACUGGUGCAGUAGAGUUUCAAAUGUUUCAAAAUCUACAAUCUCUUUACCAACUCGAAUUAAGCUGGAACGGUUUAGAACUUGUCACUGAAUCCAGAAUUUUGAAUUCAACAGUUAAACAGUUCACCGUUCUUGGAUUGAGUAAUUGCAACUUAGGAGAGUUUCCAUCCUUCUUACAAUAUCAGAAUGGGUUGACGCGUUUGGAAAUUGCUGGAAACAAAAUCCGAGGCCAAGUACCAAGAUGGAUGUGGAAUACAAGCUUAGAAACUUUGCUAUUGUUAGACAUUUCCAAUAACUUCAUUUCAGACCAACCUCCACUUGUCCUUCCUUGGGUGAAACUGUUGUGUCUAAGGUUUUCGUCCAACAUGUUUCAUGGAUCACUACCGAUACCUCCACCAACCAUGCGAGAAUAUGCAGCUGCAGACAACAACUUUACUGGAGAAAUCUCACCGUUGCUUUGCAAUAUGAAAAAUCUUCUGUCCCUUGACUUGUCGAAAAAUAACUUGAGUGGCAUGCUUUCUCAGUGUCUUGGAAACUUUAGUGAUCAUCUGACACUUCUACUUCUCGGAAACAACGCUUUUCACGGAAUUAUUCCUCAGACAUACAACAAAGGAAGCAGUUUGAGAAUGAUUGAUGUGAGUCAUAACAAGUUGCAGGGGCAGUUGCCGAGGUCAUUGGCCAAUUGUGUGAUGCUUGAGUAUCUUGUUUUGUCAAACAAUCGUUUCAAUGAUGUUUUUCCCAUUUGGUUGGGAACUCUUCUAGAGUUAAAACUUUUGGCAAUGCGCCAUAAUGGAUUCUACGGUGUGAUUGGAAAAUCUAGAAAGAAUGUCGAUUUCCCGAAGUUACGCAUUCUUGAUUUGGCUUACAAUGAUUUUACUGGAGCGGUUCCAUCUGUGUUUCUAGAUAUUACUGUAAACAAGUCAACAUAUAUGUACACACGUGUAGUUUAUGAUGUCGAUGGAUUCCCGGUUUGGAGCAAUGUUGAUUACCAACUCACAAUAGCAACAAAAGGUUUGGAGCAAUACUACCCAAAGAUCCGAGAAGAAUUUGCAUCCCUUGAUAUCUCAAGCAACAAAUUUGAAGGGAAAAUUCCAGAAUUCAUUGGGAACCUUAAGGAGCUUCGUUCGCUGAAUCUAUCCCACAACAUUCUCACUGGUUCUAUUCCAUCAUCCUUCAGAAACUUGACGAAGCUUGAAUCGUUGGACCUUUCACAAAACAAGCUCUCAGGACAGAUCCCCCAACAACUGAGUCGACUUACUUUUCUUGCCAAUUUCAAUGUGUCUCACAACAAUCUCACAGGUCUUAUACCACAAGGAACCCAGCUUACUUCAUUGAAUAUCACUUCAUACGAGGGAAACCUAGGGUUGUGUGGAGAUCCAUUGCCAAAGAAAUGUGGAAAUCCUAAGGCCUCUCAACUUCCACCUUCAAUUGUAGACGAAGGUGAUUCUAGCUCAGCAGGAAUAUUUGAAUUUGAUUGGAAAAUUGUUUCAGCCGGAUGUGGAAGUGGGUUUGUAGUGGGAGUAAUUCUUGCAGAUGUUGUGAUCACAAGGAGGCCCGAUUUGUUUCUUAAGAUUGUUGGAAUGAUCAGACAAAUGAUAAGGAAAAUUUAG